AUGGCAUCUGCUAUUAUCAGUGUAAUCGGCGGCGUUCUGACCAUCGUCGAUGCUGUCCAAGCAAUCCGUGGCUGGGUUGUUCCUGGUGCUCCACAAGUCAUCACAUUCAGGGAGCUUCAGCAAGUUGUCCAAGGCGAGCACGCCGCCUUCUUCCAGGUCAUAGCCCUUGGCAGACUGGACUAUCGCUAUCGGCGUUUCUAUGGCGUUUGGCUCCCAGCCCUUACAAGUAUGUCUAACAUAACGUCGCAAAGCUUCGAGUCUGGCGAGGUCCGCGAAAUCUUCAACAGCAUCAAGGAGUCCAUCGAUGAUGUGGACCUGACGCUCAACCUACUAAGGACCGUUUACGAAGAGCGUUACAACGUCUUGCACAUGGACGAUGUCACACGCGGUUUCUUCGCUUCUCUGAGCGGAUACGGUCUUCUCUUCCAUAUGCACGGUGUGUACUCCCAGCUGAACCGCUAUCGACUUGGCGCGGUUGAUUUGGAAGACAGUCGACUUCGCAUCGAUUCUCUGAAUGGGCUUCAGUACAUCUCUGAUGCUGCAGCGCUUAUUGGAUGGUUUGGGAAUAACAACAUCAUUCGAAACAAGCGGAUGGGGCUUGUCCCCGAGCAAGUGACAUCGGUCAACACAAUAUUCAGGCACUACUGGAAUUAUCAGGAUCGAUAUACCCCUCUUAGCAACGUCUCGCCAAACCUUGAACUCUCGGUCGCUAGACCGCCUGCAUAUUAUGAGUAUGACGAUAUCCACAACGUCAGAGGCGCUUUGCGAGACCGCAGAGCUAGGGUAGAUGAACGUGUGAGAGCCGUCAUCUUCAACGUGUACUCCCCCAUGUGGUGGAGAUUCGAUCGAACAAGAGCCAUUUUGCAAGCGAGAGCUAGAAGUCAAGGCGCCACCCAAGUUGUGCCGCGCAGACGACCUGUGCGCUCUAUUCGCGGUUCGUCAAGAGCGGCGCUUUUUAGCGUUCUAGGAGCCAGUAUUGAUGAUACGGGUAAUGAAGAUGAGGCGGCAGAAUUUGAGGAGGGUGUAGGGGGGUUCAAUGCCGGAGGAGAGCCCGAGGACCCCAAUGCUCCAGAUGGUGACCCUUUCAGCAUCACUGCCCCUGAAAUUGUCGCAGACGCCGAAGAGAAGCCAACUGAUGGAAACAUAGCCUUGGACAGCGCUCAGCUUGGUGAAACAACCAAGCUCACAGUUUGUGUUUAA